UACGUGUCCACUUCCCUUCAGCCACUUUCUCCUCCGGACCAGGUUUCUAGCACCUUCUCCACGCCUCACUGCUGGGGUUCAUUUGCAGAAGUGAAAGCCUUAGUUAAGGUUCGUUGAGUUGUUUUUUUUUUUUUUUUAAAUUGGCUGUUCCCACCCACAUUCCCUUGAGAUAGAAAUAGAAGAGAAAAAAGGAGGCUUAAUUAGCAAGGCAAGACACCCGAGCUCCGGUGCACUUGAUCCUCGAACAGGAAACCUAAGAGGUCCUUUUCAGUCCUAUAUAAGAUGGGUCCGUAACACUGCAAAGCCACCUCAUUUAUUUUUUUAUUUUUUUGCUCUUUCAACUCUUUUUUUUUUCCUGAUUCUUCUUGGGGGGAUAAUCUAAAACGGUGGCCAUGAGCAUCACGGACCUGCUGAGCGCAGAGGACAUCGCAGCCGCGUUGCAGGAGUGCCAAGACCCAGAUACUUUUGAACCCCAGAAGUUCUUCCAGACAUCAGGCCUCUCCAAAAUGUCGGCCAGUCAGGUGAAGGAUGUCUUCCGAUUCAUAGACAACGACCAGAGUGGAUACCUGGAUGAAGAAGAGCUUAAAAUUCCAGGAAAUGGUGCAUUCCUAAGGCCUCCUCGCCCCCCACCCCCAGCUUUGCAGCAGACAGUCAUCUGGAAGUCCUCCCAAGCUUCAGGAAUGAGAACCCCCACCCCCUCCCUGCUAAUGUUAUUCAUUCAUUCCCUCCCCCAGCCCCCAAAUGCUUCUGCAGUUUGCUUGUCUUUUUUUUUUCUUAGUCAGGUAGUGAGGUGAAUUUUGGGGGAGUGGAUUUGCCCCCCAACCUCUGUAAGGCCCUCAGCAGACAGCACCUUUGAAAAGCACCCAAUAAAGAGUUUCUCAUCUGUG